GAAGAAAAACAUGGAGAAAUACAUAAAGAUGUUGAUGGGUCUCCUUCCAUGCAUCCAUUAGCUUGUCCUCUCCUCCUCCCCUCCCACCCGUACUCUAUCUUCAAGAGUAGCACAGGGUGGGUGACUGGGUGGGCUGUGAUCGAGCCAUAUCACUGACGAUUUGAUCAUUGAUGGGUAAUUGCUGGUUCAGAGGAAGUUCUUACGGCCACAAAAUAUCCUCAAAUGCCAAAGCAGAUUCUCAGAAGAAUUCCGAUCCUUCAGUUAAAACAGAGGAAAAAGAAGGAAGUCAAAAAUUGCCUUCCAACCCUGAGGAAGUCGAGGACUUGAGAGGGGAUACUGCAACAAACCAUCUCAUAGCGUUCACUUUUGAUGAACUCAAGAUCAUCACAGGAAACUUUCGGCUGGACUAUAUAUUAGGCGAAGGCGGAUUCGGAAGCGUUUACAAGGGAUUCAUCAAUCAAGAUCUCAGAGAGGGGCUUCAACCUCUUCAAGUUGCAGUGAAGGUCCAUGAUGCUGAUAAUAAUAGUUCACAGGGCCACAGAGAGUGGCUGGCUGAGGUUAUAUUUCUUGGGCAGCUUUCUCACCCUAACUUGGUCAAGUUGAUUGGUUACUGCUGCGAGGACGAGCACCGAGUCCUGAUAUACGAGUUCAUGCCUCGCGGAAGUGUUGAAUCCAAUCUCUUCUCAAUUGUGUUGCUCCCCCUUCCGUGGUCUAUCAGGAUGAAGAUUGCACUUGGGGCUGCCAAAGGGCUUGCUUUUCUCCACGAAGCUGAAAAACCUGUCAUCUUUCGGGAUUUCAAAACAUCCAACAUUUUGCUAGACCAGGAUUACAAUGCAAAACUUUCUGAUUUCGGACUUGCAAAAGAUGGACCAGUUGGGGAUAAAUCUCAUGUUUCUACCCGCAUUAUAGGAACUUACGGGUACGCGGCUCCGGAGUAUAUCAUGACAGGGCAUUUGACAGCCAUGAGUGAUGUUUAUAGCUUCGGAGUCGUUCUCCUUGAGCUCCUCACCGGACGGAAAUCACUGGACAAGUCACGCCCCACCCGCAAGCAAACACUCACUGAUUGGGCUGCCCCAUUGCUCACUCAAAAGAAGAAAGUUCUCGAAAUUGUAGACCAAAGAUUGGGGGGAGACUACCCCGAGAAGUCUGUGCAAAAGACAGCAAUGCUGGCUCACCACUGCCUUAACCGAAAUCCAAAGGCAAGGCCUCUUAUGAGAGAUAUCGUCGACUCCUUGGAGCCGCUUCUGAUAGAGGCCGAGUUAUCAGUUACAGGAGUAGUGUAUCAGUUUAGUUACAUAUGAUUUCGACGCUACAUUUUCUUCUUCCAAUGCUCUUCAAUUCUUUUCGCGAUGGGUAACUGUACAUCCAUCAGCUGUGAAUUGAGAGACUAAUAUGAAAUUGUUGAAGCAGUGACUCAGAGAAGUCUGAUACGCAUAGACAAUACCAUCCAAUUGCAUAAUUUGAUAAAA